CCUGAUGUCACGGCGAGGGGACCUUUGCGCGUGUGGCGCAUCAGGGGCUGCCCAUGUGGCGGCUGGGUCCUUGGGAGCCCACCAGAUGGACGCGGACUCCGGAAGCGCAAACUUUCUCGCCGGCGGGCACUCGACUGAAUGGAGCAAUCUGUUUCUCGUGGAUUUCUGCUGUGUUUACUUCUGAAGAGAGGGAGAAGUGUCCCGAGAAGACACUGGAGAAGCAAAGGAGCGUGCUUGCUCAGGGGUAAGGUUUGUGGGAUAUACAGAAGAAAUUCCUGGUGAUGGAUGGCUGAAACAGAGUAAAAUACACCCCAACCUCAACAUCCUAUUCAGAGGAUCAAAAAAGAUUGGUGCUUUUUAUUUCUUCAUCAGGUGACUGAAGCUGGAGAAAUUGCCUGAGAAGACUUAUCAAAUAAUGGAACUUUGAUGUGGAAUCAUACCAUAGCCCUACUUGUCUGUUGGUUGCAUUUUCUGGACAUCCGCAUUCCUCCAACCUCAUUUCCACACUGCCCUCCCUCUUCCAUAUCUGUCUUCUGGCCAAUCUUUUUCUUUCUACAUAGGCCUAAGUUUUGUCUCCUCCAUCCAUCUUACCUUCCUUCCACCCCCAUUUCAUCCUCCAUCCCUCACCACAAGUCAUGAUGUUGAAUUCAGACCAGACAGAGAUUGACCUACAGCCGACCCAUUCAGAAACAGAAUCGGUCUUCAGUGACUGUGGAGGUGGAGGGGGCCGUGGGGUUGGGGUGGAAGAGGCCGGCUCCCUUGGCCUUUGCAGCCAGUCCAGGGUAGUUGAGUCUGGCGAUACCAUGAAAAAAGACCUUCAGCACCUGAGCCGAGAGGAGCGUCGUCGUCGUCGACGUGCCACAGCCAAGUACCGGACGGCCCAUGCCACGAGGGAGCGGAUCCGGGUAGAGGCCUUCAACAUGGCCUUUGCUGAACUUCGCAAACUCCUGCCUACGCUUCCCCCAGAUAAGAAGCUCUCCAAAAUUGAGAUCCUACGGCUAGCAAUCUGCUACAUCUCGUACCUCAACCAUGUGCUGGAUGUGUGAAUGGCUGGGGCUGUAGCUGUCUUCCGGGGUUGAAAACCACCGACCCACUGCUCCUUCUGGAAUUGAUAGCACUGAGCCCACCUCUGUCCUACUUCAAGCUAGAUCUGCUACUUGAACCACACUGUGGCCAUAUCCGAGUUCAUAUCCUAAGUGGAAUAUGUGAUAGGUAUCUGAGCUGUCCAUAGCCACCCUCCUGCUUCAUGUCCUAUGCGGUGGAAGUUCUGCCACCACACUAGGGUUACCAGCUCUGGGUUAGG